UGGGUCCUCCUGCCUGAAUACAACUCAAGUGGCAGAUAGGCAGCUUUCUUGGGACUACUUCUAACUGUUUGUGCCUCUGGAGUUCUGUGUCUACCUUUACUGGCUGUGUGAGAGAUUCUCCUACAACAAAGGUGGUUUGGGGGCCAGCAUGGCCCCUCAGACAGUGUGAGGAAGGUGACAUCUUGGAGACUUGACCUGUCCUUCCUGCUAGUGCUAUGGGCUGAGGGAAGGAAAGGAGAGCAUUGAGGGUCAAGAGGAUGAGGCUGCAGAGGGGCUGGACCAUGCAGGUAACCCUGUUGGUGCUGGGGCUGCUCGGCCUCAUGACUCCACUUGCCUGUGCCCAGGACCAGUGGUACCAGGAUUGGGUGAAUGAAUUCAUUCAGCAAUACAACGCGAAGUCAGGAUCAGAAAACCUGUUUCGUCUCUCAAUCCUGAAUCUGCAGCCUGGGGAAAACAAUGAUCCUGCUGCUCCUCGACUUCUGAGCUUCACCAUGAGAGAGACCGUGUGCCCCAAUACUGAAAAUCCCAAUCCAGAUGAAUGUGACUUCAAGGAAAACGGGCUGGUGAAAGAAUGCAUUGGAGCCAUUGCCCUGGAUUCUCCUAAGCCCUCUGCUGAUAUUUCCUGUGAUGGGCCUGAAAAGAUCAAGAGACGUGGAAUUGGGAAAAUAUUGGGGAGAGUCCUUCGCAAUAUGUUGAGGCACUUGAAUAUUGAUUAUUGUGUGAAUUGUUAGACUCCAAUGUGAGAAUGAUCCUCAGUUUCCGUUUAAGGCCCUGCAUUCUGCCUUGGUCUCCUCAGAUUA